UCGGCAGCACUCGGGGAAGCAGUUCAGGGCUCGAGCCAAAGGCGACACACACACCAGCAGAGCAGGACUGCGAAAUCCAACGGACCGUCUCCACUCGUCUGGCCACUCACUUCCCCCACCCGAACGUCUUCUCCCGAGCCGUCCGUCGCCAUGGAAACCCCGAGCCAGAAGCGCCGCGGCGCGAGCGCCGCCUCGCCGGCCCGCAUCACGCGGCUGCAGGAGAAGGAGGACCUGUGCAACCUCAACGACCGGCUGGCCGUCUACAUCGACAAGGUGCGCUCGCUGGAGGCGGAGAACGCCGGCCUGCGGCUGCGCAUCAGCGAGUCCGAGUCCUCCGUCACCCGCGACCUGUCGGGCAUCAAGGCCGCCUACGAGAGCGAGCUGGCCGACGCCCGCAAGACCCUGGACCAGGUGGCCAAGGAGCGCGCCCGCCUGCAGCUGGAGCUGAGCAAGAUCCGCGAGGAGCACAAGGAGCUGAAGGCCAGGAACGCCAAGAAGGAGUCGGACCUGGAGGCGGCUCUGGCCCGGCUCCGGGACCUGGAGGCUCUGCUCAACUCCAAAGACGCAGCGCUGAGCACCGCCCUGGGCGAGAAGCGAGCGCUGGAGGCCGAGGUCAAGGACCUGAAGGCCCAGCUGGCCAAGCUGGAGGGCGCUCUGGCCGAUGCCAAGCGGCAGCUGCAGGAGGAGAUGCUUCGCCGGGUCGAUGCUGAGAACCGCCUGCAGACCGUGAAGGAGGAGCUGGAGUUCCAGAAGAACAUCGCCAACGAGGAGCUGCGGGAGUCGAAGCGCCGCCACGAGAGCCGCCUGCUGGAGGUGGACAGCGGCCGCCAGCAGGAGUUUGAGAGCAAACUGGCUGAAGCUCUGGCAGAGCUGAGAGCCCAACACGAGGACCAGGUCCGGCUGUACCGGGAGGAGAUCGAGAAGACCUACACCGCCAAGCUGGAAAACGCCCGUCAGUCGGCCGACAGGAACAGCCACCUGGUGGGAGCCGCCCACGAGGAGCUGCAGCAGACCCGGAUCCGCCUGGAGGGCAUGUCGGGCCAGCUGAGCCAGCUGCAGAAGCAGCUGUCGGCCAGCGAGGCCCGGGCCCGGGAGCUGGAGGAGACGCUGUCCCGGGAGAGGGACCUGAUGAGGAGGAGGAUGGAGGAGAAGGAGCGGGAGAUGAGCGACAUCCGAGCCCGGAUGCAGCAGCAGCUGGACGAGUACCAGGAGCUGCUGGACAUCAAGCUGGCCCUGGACAUGGAGAUCAACGCCUACAGGAAGCUGCUGGAGGGGGAGGAGGAGAGGCUGCGUCUGUCUCCCAGUCCUCCUCCGGUGAAGGUCAGUGUGUCCCGGGUGUCCGGGUCCAGCCACAGCCAGAGCAGCCGCCUGCUGCAGUCCUCCGCCGCCGCCUCCGCCAGCGCCGGCGCAACCAGCAGCCGCAACUCCUCCGGCACGGCCAGCAGCAAGCGGCGCCGCCUCAACGACAACGACAGCGAGACGUCCAGCAUGGCGGGCGGCACCGUCACCAAGACCCGCAUCAGCCAGCACGCCUCGGCCAGCGGCCGCGUCACCGUGGACGAGGUGGACCUGGACGGGAAGUUCAUCCGGCUCAGCAACAAGGCCGACGAGGACCAGGCUCUGGGAGGCUGGCAGGUGAAGCGGCAGGUGGGCAGCGGCAGCCCCAUCGUCUACAAGUUCCCCCACAAGUUCACCCUGAAGGCCGGAGGAACCGUGACGAUCUGGGCUUCUUCUGGUGGAGGAACUCACAACCCCCCCAGUGACCUACUGUGGAAAAGCCAGGACUCCUGGGGGACUGGAGACCUGCUGGAGACCACCCUGAUCAGCGCCAACGGAGAGGAGAUGGCCAUGAGGAAAGUGACGCGCACGCUGUUCCACGAGGACGACGACGACGACAUGGGCGCACACAGCACGAGCGGCGUGGAGAACGAGUACAACCUGCGCAGCCGCACGGUGAUCUGCGGCUCGUGCGGCCAGCCGUCGGACCGCUCCUCCUCCGGCGGCGGCGGCCUGGGCGAGGGCAUCAUGGGACAUUCCUACUUCCUGGGCUCCAACCAGCCGCGGCAGGCGCGGAUGAAGCCGGAGAACUGCUCCGUCAUGUAAACCCCACCCCUCCGGUGCUGGUGCUGGCCCCGCCCCUCUGGUGCUAGCCCCGCCCAUCAGGCGCUGGCCCCGCCCCUCCGGCAGCCUCAGAAGUUUUCUACCACGGGGGUCGUUGUGUUUUUUUAUACUCUGGACUGUUUUCUUUUGUAUGGGGAUUCAUCUGCAGGUUAGAUUUGCUUGUCGGGGUUUGGGGGUUUUUCACAGGAUGUUUAUUAUCUGCCAGUUAUGUUAGCGCACGUGGUGCCGUGCACACGCUUCGCUCUGUCUGCCUGCUUUGUUCCGCAGCUUCGUUCCGCAGCUUCGUUCUGCUUCGUUCUGCCCAGUCAGGGUUUUCGUCUUUUAUCGGCCAAGCUGUCAACACUCAACACGCACAGCGUCAGCCCUGCUGGUCCAGCUCAGAGCAGAACCAGGUUCCUCCAGUCCUCUGGAGCGUCCAGCUCAGAGCAGAACCAGGUCCCUCCAGUCCUCUGGAGCGUCCAGCUCAGAGCAGAACCAGGUUCCUCCAGUCCUCUGGAGCGUCCAGCUCAGAGCAGAACCAGGUUCCUCCAGUCCUCUGGAGCGUCCAGCGCUCGGCAGAACGUCUCCCUCAGGUUUUCCUUCACUGCCGCCUUAAGUCAACACGACUGGCUGGAAGUUCCGCUGCAGGCGGAGGAGAGAACGUCUUCGUUUAGUUUGUCUGGGAACUCGGAGCGACCAGCUGGGAAAUUCUCACGUGAAACAUAAAGUCCUAAAUAACGAAUCUGUAAAUGACAAACAACUUUUAAUCCAGGAGGCGAAACGAUGAUGGAAAAGUCGACUCCGUCACUCUAGCCGUCCACCUUUGCCCCUCAGAAUGGUUUAUUAGAUUGAGAAAUGUUCUCCCAGUUCCCUGAAUGGCCUUUCCCAGUUUGACAGCAUCCGAAUGCCAUUUUUCCCAGUCAGAAGUGGAACAUUUCCCACUUCCAGUUACUCAGGAACGCUUCGUAAUGUGACUCCAGUCAGCAGGUUUCUGCGUCUGCCUGAGAAUAAAGUGCAGAACAAACCUUUUUGAACAAACGUUCAAACCUCCGCCCACUUCUCCACCGUGGGAAACCGGAACUCUCCCAGUUCCCAUUUUUGUUCGGGUCCUUGUUCUUAGUUUUUUCUCCCGAAGUCAAUUGGUGGGUUUGCCCGACGCUGCCUCUCUGCUCAGCUGGUCGAUCUGAUCGCAGCCGCAGCUUUCAGCCGCUUAUAGACGCUUUACUGAAAAUACUUGAUGGCUUUUCUGUUUUUUGUUGUUUAUUUUUUUGAAGAAUCUGAAGCUGAAACCUGAAGUAGUUUAGACGUCGGAUCUCAAAGUGCCUUUAGAAGUCAGACCCUCAUGGAACGGUGUGACCUUUGACCUGGUGGUGUCCGUCAGCAUGCCCCUCCACCACAAGCUGUUUAAAGGGCCUGGAGGCCGUUCUCCAGGUUGUGCCACACAUUUAGCUUUGAGUGCCUGUAAUUUGACACCAGACUCGUCGCCUCUCAUGAAUUCAGUUUUCUAGCUGUUCAGGAAAAGUCCGUUUUCAGGCCUUGGGAACCUCCCGACCCUUUAAAGGCCUCGGUGGAACCGUUCUCUACUUGUUUACACUUGAGAGUGUCACAAAAACCAAAGAUGUUUGAGUCAGAUCAGUUCUGUUCACACGAUGAAAGAAACAAAGCCAUGAGUUGUAAUAAAUGUUUUUUCUUCUUUUCUA